GACAGGAACGGUAGGCACUUUUGUGCUCUUCUGCUCGCCCCUUGGGCUUCCUAUAACCCAUGGCGUUUCUUGCUUAAAGUUUAACCCCACCAGCCUGCUAGCCACCACUCUCCGGAUUCCCAACCCAGAUGGGCUGUUCGUCGACUCUCAAGCAGAGGAAAACUCUACUAACAACAGCAGGGUCGCCACGAACGUCGGGGUCUUCCCGGACCCGCAUGCUAAACUGAGUAACUCCCCUGCCUUGCUCCGCGAAAGCUUUGACAUCCUUCCGGCAUCGUCCUAGGAGUCUGCGCAUGACGAGGGGCGGGAGGAAAGAAAAAGGUUUCUAUGGCACCAGCCAACAAACAGGAAUCGAUCCAGCCCGGGAGUUCUUUUUUCCACCGAGUCGCAGCUGCAGGUUCCCCCUUUCGAGAAAGUGGCGUCGGUGAUAUAGUGAAAUGAACUCCGUCAAUUCAUUUGAAGCUGAGUAUAUAAAGAAUUUGCAAAAACAAAUCUGCUUACUAGAAUAUGAGACAGCUUAUCUUAGAGAGAAGGCUAAGAAUGCUACACACAUCCCACCUAAAGUUACUAGAAAAGCCACAAAGCUAUUGCAGACACUGAAGGAACUGGAAGCUACCAUAAACAGAACAGAAAUAGAUAUAGCAAAGAAAGAAAAUAGCACCAAGCAUUAUGAAACUGAAACUCAAGCAAUACAGAAACAUCUUCAGAUACUGUCUGAUGCAAGUGCUAAAGAAAAGCUGCUAUUAAUGGAGGAGGUUACAAAACUGAAGAAAAUGGUUGAACACUCUACCCAGGAUAUUUCACACAAAGAAGCAGAAUUGCUAAAAAUUCAGAGAGAAAUGCAAGAGACUGUGAAUUCAGUGAAAGAAAAAGAACAUGCUGUCUGUCUUCUGGAAUCAAAAUGUCAGCAGAAGAUUUGGCAGUACCAAGACAUGGAAAAAAACCUUUCAGAACUUAGAUCACAGUGCACACAACUGCAAGUAUUGCUUUACCGCUUAGAAGAGAAAUUAUUGAUGAGCUUCCAAUCUCCACAAGAGACGAUUGUUAAGGAACUUAGUGAGGAAGCUGAAAAAUUAAGGCAGAUCCUCAAGGAAAAUGAGCUUUCAGCUGAUGAAGAUAAGUAUUUGCUCAACAAGAUGGCAGAAGAUUGUGGACAUCUGACAAAGAAGAAUUGUCUUUUACAUGCUCAAAUACAGAAAGUUACCAAGCAUCUGAACCAGGAAAGGCAGCUGAGAGAGGAGGAGACUUCUUCCUAUUCAAAAAGAGUGUCUGAGCUAACAUCAAGAAGAGAGAAAACAUGGCAACUUAAGCGGAAACUCACCCACUUGAAGACUCUGUUACAAAACCUAAGACAGAAAGUUCUUAAAGCUCAGGAACAGUUACUUCAUCUACAAGAAAGAAAAUCUACGGAUCACAAAAGACAACAUCUUCAUAUACAACUAAUUGAUUUAGAAAAUCAACACACCAAAGUGCAACUGGAAAAUUCUAAACUGAGAACAGAGAAAAAUCAUCGGGUGGAACAUAUUUCUCAAAUACACAGACAGAUUGCUGAAAACCAGAAUGAAAUGAGUUUUCUGCAUAGCCAUGUUUAUAGCUUGUCGUGUGAUCUCAACAACUUGAAAUCUGAAGUCAAUAUGGCCUCUGUUCCUCAGAAGGAAAAGGGAAAGUGAUCACCAAUAUAUUAACAACAAACUGUGGUUCAAUGAACUAAUAAUUUGAAAAGUAGUUAAUUUUCCCUUAUAUAAAUAUCAUUCUUUGAAAAGUUUCUUUAAAUUAAGAAGUUGUAUUUUAUACAUGGGACUAUUUUUAAAAAAAAAUGACUUAAGAGAAAUAUCUGAAGAUAAACUAAGUUUUUUGCUUUAGAUAAUAUUUUAAGUAUUUGUAUAUUCUCUUGAUUUCAAGGUAAUUUUAAUACUUUUCUCAUUAUUAAUGGAUCAAAUUCACAUGUGAAAAGAAAUUGUCACAAAUUAGUACCAGUGAAAAAGUAGGGCUUGCAUGGUAUUCUUUUUGAUAUGAUUAUGUUCAGCAUAAAACAAAACUACAAUGUUUUCAUGAUCAAACAUCUCAAACAGAAAAUAAAUUACCUUUUUUAAGUCAGACGUUUUUCCGUAUUCUGCUUCCUAUAAAGGAUCAGAUUCAUCAACUCUUCAGAAUAUCUCUCUAAUGGUUAGUGCCAUCUGAAUCAUCCCAUUAAGCAGGCAUUUAAGUCCAAAUUAACCCAUUUAUAAAGAGGGGAAAGCUAACCACAAAAGUACCGGUACAUGGAAUGUACAAACUUACAGCACAGCAGUAUGAAGAGAAGAGCUUAGUGCCAUGUUGCUGUUGUACAUAUUCUAUACAAUUCUCUCUACAAUACCAAUUCAGUAAAUAAUCUAUUACUUAGUAUAGCCAUGCAAAUAAUUUGAAAGGACACUUCGAUUCCCACAACUUUGCAAGCAGGACCAUAUCAUGCUAAACAUUCUGUUUGACUGCUUCAAAGAUCUUCUCCCGUCUCCUGUUUUUCUUCACAGGCAGUUUCAGCAGAUCUUUUGCGCACAUAAAUGCAUGAACUGUCAAGCUGAGAAAAGAUUUAUAUUAAAUCAUUGCGUUUUACAUUUCUGUUCACUUGGCUAGUUGCUAUGAUUGAAUCUUUCCCUGGCCCAGCUUCAAUUAAUUGACUAGCCCUACUACUCCUUUUAGCAGUUCUACUUGGUCUCUCUGCCAAUGAACAAAACAUACAUGAUUAUGAAUAUGUCAAAAUCUAGAUGAGAGUGCAGAAAUUAAGACUGCUGUUUGGGAUGCAUAUUAAGAGUUCCCAGGUUGUUCUGGCAGAGAAAACACCAUUUGCAAGAAAAGAUAGUGACCCAUGAUUCAGAAUGUUCAAGUUAACAAGACUUAGCAGUAUGCAUAUCCAGUAAGAUGGAGCUGGUGGAUUUUAUCCUAUACUUCUGCAUAAAUAGAAGCGUACCAUGCUCUAUUGGGUGCUAAAGCAAUACACAUAUACAAAAAGUAUUUAAUAUAUUUUAAAAUUUUAUAAAGCCCUGCAGACAUAUAUAAAGGAAAACUGAAAUUCAAAGGGGCUUAUAUAAACUAAUUUGAUUGAAAAAAUAAGUAGGUAAGCAAAUUUGUGAUUUUAAGGCUAUUAGCCAGGCUAAGCAAAGCAAAUAUAUUACCAUAAUGCCAUAAUUCUUAUAAAGCUAUAAAUAAAGUCCAGAGCUAAACUAAGGCACAUACCCUUAGGAGAGGGAGACUGAAGAGAUAUCAUCUACAUUAUUUCUUGCAGUUUCUUAAAUUGUAUGCAGUAGCUUAAAAUAUAUAAAUAAAUUUUAAACUAUGGACUUUAUUCUUUUUAUUAUGCUUCACAUAUUUACAUGUAACUUUUUAAAUUACUAUAUUUUGCUUUACUUAUGUACAUUUUCAUACUGUAACAGUGUAUUUAGGAAAUAAAGCUUGCUUAAAUAAACAUGCUUCUUGCCUGAAGCUAUUUUGGAAAAUUGCUUAAUAGUAGUAUAGCUAACCGUCCAAAUCCAGCUUAAAUAAAGGUACUAGAUGGAUUGGUUUUUAAUAGCUGUGCAGAA